AUGGAUGAUAGUAGUAAUAAUAACAUACUAAUUACACCUUCACCAUUUAAUCCAUAUAACUCACAACAUCAACUACCCAUACAUUAUUAUUCAAGAUCACCAUUACAUCCAUCAUAUCAAUCAUAUUCUUCUCAACCACACACUAACCAACAACAACAAAUAGAUUACAACUUAUACAACUCAGAGUGGAAAGAUACUUCAAGCUUAACAAAUAGACACCCUAAUAAUAGUAACAACAACAACAACAAUCUACUAAUAAUGCCGUCGACUAUUGCGCCUACCAUACAGCAGCAACAACAGAUUCCUGAUACCCCAACUAAAUCUAUAGAUGCAAAACGCUUAAUCUAUACAGCAGACCAUAACAUCAAUAACAAACCAAACACACCUAAUGACUUUAAACGAGAUGAUUAUAUUAAAAUAGAAACAGUUAGUAUUGCUUCAUCUACUUCAUCAUCAUCAACAAUCAUCAACAAUGUUCCUCAUAUAAAGAAUUGGGAUAUAUUUUGGGCAAUGUUAAAUGAUAUUGUUGGUAAAGAUAAAUUAGCUAAAAUUGGUCAAUAUAUUCUUCGAUUAUUAUUACAUCAUUCAGAUCAAUUACAAACUUAUCUUUCAGAUGAUAAUCAUUUAAAUAUUAAUAUUAUUCAAUCAAGAUAUAAUGAUACAACUAAAAGAUUAAAUCUUAUAAAGAAUUUCAUUAAACAUCCUCAAGAUUUCAUUAAAAUUGUAGCUAUAUUAUUUUGUUCAAUUUUCGAACAAAAAUUUAAUGGUGUUAUAACUGGUUUAUCAAUGUAUAGACAAUUACUUAGAUUUGGUAAAACUCCAUUUAAAAUUAGAGAAUUAUUAAAUAAAUUAUCCAAUAACAUUUCCAUUACAUCAAAACAAGGUUUAACCAUAAAUAAAUCAAAAUUAUUUAAUAAAAGUACGUUAGGGAAUGUAUUUUCAAUUUAUUAUGGGAUAAAUGAUGAAUCAUUAUUAUUAUAUAAACUUGGAGUAUUAAGUAAUAAAUCUUAUAAGAAAUUUGCCAGUAGACAUGAAUCAUUUGGUUGGUAUUGUGAAACUUGGUUAGCAAUGUAUAAUGCUGUGGAUAAAUUAAAUAUAUUAUCUCAACAAGAAAUGGAUAUUAAAAUAUCAAUACAAGUUAGAAAUAAAGCAAAAAUACUUUCAAGACAAUUAUUAGGAGUAAAUCCUAAUUUAUCAAAUCAUAAUGCAUCAUCAACUCCAACUCCAACAACUGAUGAUUUAGAAAUGUUGGCAGAAAUUAAAUUUAAAAAAGAUAAUUGUUGGUUAGAUAUUUAUAAGAAUUUAGCUGAUUUAGCAUUUAAUAGUUAUACGGUAUUUAAAAUACCUUUACCAUUUGCUACUUGGCAAAUAUGGAUGGGUAUUAGUGCUGCUUUAUUAAGUACAACUAAAUUAUAUCGUGAAACUAAAAAGAAAUUGAUUGAAAAGGAAAUGUCAAAAAUUAAAUUUGAUUAG